CCCCCGGUGCGGGGCAGCGCGGCCCGGCCCGGCCCGGCCCGAGGAUGCGGGAAGGGCCCGCGCUGCCCGGCGCGCCCCCGGUGCCCGGGUUCCUGGCCAAGCUCUGGGCGCUGGUGGAGGAUCCGCAGAGCGACGAUGUCAUCUGCUGGAGCAGGAAUGGUGAGAACUUCUGCAUUCUGGAUGAGCAGAGGUUUGCCAAGGAGCUGCUCCCCAAGUACUUCAAACACAACAACAUCUCCAGCUUCAUACGACAGCUUAACAUGUAUGGUUUCAGGAAGGUGAUUGCUCUGGAGAAUGGUAUGAUGACAGCAGAGAAGAGCUCAGUCAUUGAGUUCCAGCACCCCUUCUUCAAGCAAGGAAGGGCACACUUACUGGAAAACAUCAAGCGCAAGGUCUCUGCAGUAAGAACUGAGGAUCUCAAGGUCUGUACGGAGGAUUUGCACAAAGUACUUUCUGAAGUCCAGGAGAUGAGAGAGCAGCAGAACAACAUGGAUGUCAGGCUGGCCAACAUGAAGAGAGAAAAUAAGGCCCUGUGGAAAGAAGUGGCAGUUCUAAGGCAGAAGCACAGUCAACAACAGAAGCUGCUGUCUAAGAUUCUUCAAUUUAUACUAAGUUUGAUGCGAGGAAAUUAUAUUGUUGGGGUCAAAAGAAAAAGGUCUCUGACGGACGCCGCGGGUGCCUCCCCCUCCAAGUACAGUCGUCAGUACGUUCGCAUCCCAGUGGAGAGCAGCCAAGCUGUGGCUUUUUCUGAACAUGAUGCAGAUGAUGAGGAUGGAAAUGGAACAGGUCUCAUAAUUCGGGAUAUCACAGACACUCUGGAAAAUGCCCCUGACGGCCUCCUUGCUGUGGCACACACCAGUGGCAGAGCCAGAGAGACACAGGCAGCUCUGGAUCCUGGCUUACCUAUUCGUCAAGUCUUGCAGCCAAAUGAGUUAAAUUGUGCAGAACCUAUGCCAUCAGUUCAUGCAAAUGAAGUCAGCAAAUCCAGUGACAGGGGAAACGCUGCAGUGGAACUCCAUUCCACACAGCAGAGUGCCCCAGAAGACCCCGUGUCAGUGAUUGACUCCAUCUUGAAUGAGAACAACUCUGGAAACCAAAGUGAUCCAUUACUGGACAGAGAAGAAAUUCAGGAUUUUCUUAAUUGCAUUGAUGCCAGCCUUGAAGAGCUUCAAGCAAUGUUAUCUGGGAAGCAGUAUAACUUUGGUUCCGAAGCCUUCACCGAUACACUUAAUCCUGAGCUGCCAGCCCUGGAUAUGAGCUUGAUGGAAACUUCUCCUGGUAUGGAAAAUAUGGCAGACUUGGCAGAGGGCACUGAAGAUCUGGGAGCGAGCGAGCGAGAAACAGCAGGAAGCAAAGAUAUGCAGCUGAUACAGUACAGGGCCAAUCCUCUGCUUUCAUUAUUUGAAGAGCUACCUUCAAGUGAAGCUGCAGAGAAGACAGAUGAUCCCAAAGACCUUCUGCUGCCCCUUGCAGAGGAGAAACCUGCUCUUCACCCUCCAUCAGGCAGUGGAACUGUCUUGCCAUUGGCAGCUUCAGCAAGCCAGGCUGAGCCUCUGGAUGCUCUGGGAAUGGGUGAUCCACCUCUCCUCUCAGAAGAUGGGAAUGGAGAGUAUAAACUGUUUCCACUCUUGCUCCUCAGUCCUGUUGCUAACUUCAUAGAAGAGGCCUCUGAGAUAGAAACUUCUUGAGCUCAAGAAGGUCUAGAAGUUUGACCUCUCACCUCACCUGCUUCCCAGGUGCCAUGUUGUUAUACACAAAAGGAAGUUCUCUUUCUACAGGCAAAGAGCACAUCUGGAAGAGGUGAAAACAAGCUCAAAACAAGAGCUGGUGGGAGUGAAGGCACUGAGUGGAGGGAAGGAACAACCUCCCCAUAAACAUCCUGCAAUGUAUUCCAUAACUUUUUAUCCAGUAUCCUUAUUACAAGAGGAAAUCUGUUUGUAUUUUCUUUGUAAAGUUUAGCUGGUUUUUUUGGUUGUUAUUGUUGUUGGUUUGUUGUUGGUUUUUUUAUUAGCUGGAUAGUAAUGUGGAGUUUAAUUUUUUCAACAUGGGUUUUACUCUUUCUGAGAGCCUGUUUCAAUAGGUGGGUUGUCUACUGUUUGGAAUUAAGCCUUUUUUUAAUUUUGUUUUUAAUUUGAGGUGUCUUUUUUUUUUUGAUAGCUUGUGGCUACAAUUGUCUGCACCUGCUUAGAUCACUUUCGUAUUCCUAGAUUUGCUGCUAGGUACAGGGAACAUUUUUCCUAUGGAAAAUUACAUUUUAACUGUGGAAUAUUCCUUUUUAACAUGCUAACACACAUCCAUUGCCACGGAUUGUAGGUGUUGUGGUAGGAAGUGCUUGCCACCCUGCGUAAUGUUGGUUUCUCAUGCACAUUGCAUGGCAGUUCUAGGGUAACUUGCACCUAGCUCACAGAUCAUGUGUCCUCAGAAAUUUUAGACAGAGCUGAUUCAAGUCUAGCAAAGUCCAGGAGCUGUCCUUAAAAUGAGAGGGGAGGAAAAAAGGAGUCAUGGGAUAACUUGCAUCAACACAGGACAUGACAUUAAGAUUUCUCUUGUUUGCAGCAGCUACUUGCUCACUUGACCCUAUAUGGACACUGGAUUUCUUGCUGCAUUUUCUGCUUGUGGGAUCUUAAAGCUAAAUUGACUCAUUACAUCUGAGUCCCUUGAUAGCAAAUUACAAAAACUAGUGUCUGCUUGAUAAAAAAAUCUUCCCCCUUAAUUCUUCUCUACACUAUUUCCCUGACUUUGAGCAGCUGUAAUGCAGGCAUCAGCCCUUGAUGUCAGUGGGAGAGCAAGUUCUCCUUCACUCACCCCAGGUUGGUAUCAGUCUGCCACAGCCCACACAAACCUGAGUUUGGCUGUAGGGAUGCAGAAGCUUUGGAGCCAGAGGAGGCCAGAAGGCAGGUAGAAAACCACUUGCAUAAUAUCACUUGAUAUUUCCUACCAGCACAAUUACUUGGAAAUUUUUUCAGUUUCAGGAAUUCAGGCUACCUACAGAUUUUGUUCUCUCCAACGUUUCUGAACUAUUAAGUUCGGGUUCUUUCAUAUUCAAGAAUCCAAGGUAAUUUGAUUUUCUGAAACCUACUAGGUAACACCUUACCUAUGCUGGCCUUACUUCAUUGAAUUGGUGUUUCAUUGUCAAAUCUUUUGAGUUGCAGAGGAAUAUCUUGCUACUGAGUGUGUGUACAUGUCUACUGGCUUCACAGUGUCAUUUUCUGCCCAUGCUUCUGUAACUGUUCUUUCCCUUUUGACCCCUCGUGUUUGUAUCUUUUCAACCAACUUUUGCACGGACAUCUUAUUUCAGCCUUUUCUGGUUUUUCUUUUGUUUUCUUCUGGAGACAAAGGGCUGAGGAGUCUCAAGGUUCUGUGAGCUAAAGGGAGAGGGGGAAAUGAGUGAAUUGCAUCUUUUUCUUGGGUUCUGACUUAUUUUUAGUUUCUUCCCAAAGGCCUCAAUUUGUCCAAAAGUGAAACAGCAAAAACUAGGCUUUUCUGGUGUUCUUGUGCUGUUUUGACAGCACAGUGCAGACAACAAAGUUCUCUGAGAGGCUGAUAUUCUGUAACUCUGACUUCCUGAACAGGUUAGACUGAAGUGUAGUUCCUGUUACAAAUUACUAUCAUGUUCUUCCAUUAUGGAGUCCUCUGAUCUGAGUGCAUCUCACCAUCAGAUAUUUGAUCUGAUUGCCUGAGUUUUUUAAUACACUUUCUCUCUUAAGAAUUUAAGAAACCAAGGCUUAAAAAACUUGCAAAUAAAAACUUGUGCAUCUGUGUCUGGUCUAUGUACUGGUCUGGGAAAAGUGUUUAUUUAUGCAAGUUUUCUAAGAAAGAUUGCAAUGGCAAGGGGAAGGCUGAACAGCAAGGAAAACCCACAUGCUGAAGUAAUUAAACUCAAUAAUUGCAAAACCA